AGUAUGUCAACUACUUUGGAAAGCUAAAUAUUAUAGGCAUUAUGGACUAUGUAUUAACGAAAUUAGAUUUCUAUGGAGUAAAAAGGAUAUGUAAAGGGUACUUUUUAAAUUUUAUAAAGAUUUAUUAAUUAGGAAGGAUAAUAAUUUAUAUUAGACUGUUUGCAGGUGCAAAACAUAAGAUUAACUAGAAGAAAGGCUGCUUGAGAUUCUGAAUUGUAUUUAUUUUUAAUUUUUUUUGAUUAGGGUUCUCCAAGAGACCUUGAUGCUGAAGAAAACUCAUAUCCACUUGUCAGAUUGAGCAAUUAAUCAAGCUCUACAACUACUUCAUUACCCCAAUGUCAUUAUCCUGAGAAAAGGUUCAGAUUUAAGAGUUCAAAUGAUGAAAGUGAUACUACUUACAAUUCUUACAAGGUCAGAUCUAACUCUUAACAUCAUAAAUGAAUUCAUG